AUCCGAUUUAACUUUUUGGUCGGAAAGUUGUUAAAAGUUUUGCUUUCAAUUUAACUUUUUAAAUGGAAAAUUAUGAUGAUGGGGAUUCCGAAUUGACCUACAGAAAUUAUCCAAUUAUUCAUCCGCCGGCCGACUUAAGUCCGUGUUCGGAAUGCCUCAAUGCCAACAAGUCGGCAGAAGUUUCCUAUUUUGAUCCUAAUUGUGAGAAUUGUCAGAUGUUUGUGAGCCACGAUGCAUCAAUUGCUGAGAUGUUUGCUGUUUUGAGGCAGUGGACGACUGCUGUGCAACAGUCCGUUAAAACUGUCAUCUGUCAGAUGCUGGAUUGUGGUGCUCAUGUAAAUGACAGGGAUGGGCUGACAGACAUGACAAUGUUGCACUAUGCGGUUAAAUCUGGAGCAAGAGGCAUGGGUAACAUUGAUGACGCAUGUCAGAUAGUUUUGUUGCUCCUGUCCAGAGGGGCUGAUCCAUACAUUCGUUGUCGAUGGACCAACAUGGCUGCCAUACAUUAUGCUGUCUAUUUUGAUGUUCACCUAGUUUUGGAGAUUCUGCUGAAUGCUUCUAAAGGCGUUGAUGUAGAUAGUUUAUGUUAUGAAUUUGAUCACGGUACACCUCUGCACAUUGCUUGCCGAACUUUGGCAUUGGAAUCCACAAAGGUGCUGUUGAAAUAUGGAGCUGAUAAAAGCAUCAAAGAUGUUAAUGGAAAGCUAUCUACAGACUGGCUGCCCAGCACAGAUUCAUAUGAAAUAUCAACUGAAAUAAAGAAGACAGUUUCAGAGCUGAAAACACUCCUCGAAAAAUCACCAUCCAAUUCCACAUCAUUUUUUUCCCACACCCCUAAAGAAUCCACUCAGAUUUCUUGCAUUCUCAAAUCACUGGAUGUCAAAAUUGGAGAUAAAGUUUUUGUUGGUGGUGUCAAGACUGGAAUCUUACGAUAUUGCGGUCCGACAUUAUUUGCCGGUGGGUUUUGGGCUGGUAUAGAACUUGAUGAGUCCAUUGGGAAGAACAAUGGCUCCAUUAACGGCAUCCAAUAUUUCAAAUGCCCUCCAAAUUAUGGUAUAUUUGCCCCGAUAUCUAAAAUAUCAAAGCAGCACAACACACUGGGCCACGAACAACCUCCGACACGAAACCACCACUCGAUGACCUACAGCAGAAUCGACCUCAGCCGCAUCACCUCAAAAAUCGAUUCAGGUUUGAGACAAAGCAAAUUAGAUUUGAGUGAACAGAGUAACACUAGUAGUGAUAUUGAAGUUAAUGAUCGGGUGUUGGUCGCCGGCAAGAAAAUGGGCACCGUAAGAUAUGUCGGAGAAACUGAAUUUGCUCCCGGAUUAUGGUAUGGCAUUGAGUUGUAUCGACCCAUUGGAAGGAACAAUGGAUCGGUUGAUGGUGUUCAAUAUUUUAGCUGCCCCGCCAAUCACGGUGUCUUUGCCCCUCCGUUUCGAAUACAAAGGCUCGAUGAUGCCCACUGUAAAAAGAUUCAAAAGUUCAACUUGUUCAAAACGCCAAUAACAACCAUAAGCAUUGUGCACUACAUAGGCAGUGUGGACUUUGCAGAGGGCAUAUGGCUCGGAGUUGAACUGAAAACACCAAGGGGCAAGCAUGAUGGCACUGUUCAGGGUAAAAGAUAUUUCUCUUGUCGGCCAGGUCACGGCCUAUUAGUUCGACCGUCAAAAGUUUACGUGCGUGGAAUCAAUGGAUCGAAACUAAUAACGGCAGAUUAA